CUCGGCUCGAGCCUGUUGGGCUCGAACCCCGAGCAAGCACCACUGGAGCUCCCGCUCCGCAGCCUCUCCCCCAUGUCCGGGCCGGUGCCGGCUGCUGCGACGCCGAGGCGCACGCGGCCAAACCGCUCGGCUGCCGAGCGACGGGCACAAUACCGGCGGGCCGAGGGCCGCGCGGUAGGUCGCCUGCUGGACGCCUUCGCGGCGCUGCAAGCGCAUCGGGGAGUGGCGCCCACUCGCCUGUGUGCCGCUCUCGCUGCAGCGCUCCAGGCGCCCAUGGCCAGCUCGCAGGAGGAGGCGGGGGAGGCCGUGAAGGAGUCGCCGAACCAGGUCUUGGAGGGCGUGCAAGCUGCAGUCGCCUCGGGCUCGGCUGACCGUGGCAUCCAGGCAGCAGUCUCUCCAGACGGAGCGGCGCAACCCGCCGCGCCUCCAGGCCCAUCAGGGCCCCUGCGGGGGGUGGCUUCCCUGGGCGAGGGCGGCGGGUCGGUGCAUGCGCAGGCGGCGGACGCGGCGCUCAGCGCGGCGAGGGACGCGACGGAGGUCGGGCGUGCGGCCGUGCAGUCGAGGCUCGUCGCCACGGAGUCGUUGAGCCAGAGUUCGCAGGGUCCCCCUUUUCGCCGUGCGGCCACUGCAGGAGGUCUUCGGCAAAGCCCACCUGUCCCGAGGGAUGGAGGCGCGGUCAGGUUCUCCGAAGACGUACUCGCUGGCCUCAAUGCGAUGACGGCGCAGCAUGGUCAGUCACCCACGUCUGCUCCGAGCUUAUCGUCUGGGCCUAACAACGAGUGUCCACAGCAGUAGGCUGCAA